CACCUGUAUUCUUUUGGUCUCUUCUUACUUCUUCUUCUUUGCUCUAUUAAAGGAUCUAGAAACCUACUUCACAACAAUGAGAGAGUGAGAGGAGAGGUCUCUCCCAAAACAGAGCUUUUUAAAAAAAAAAAUCUUUAUUUUUCUUACUCGGAAGGGAUGGAUCUAGAAGACUGGGAACUACUCCCCAAAGAUCCCUACAAGGGUCUCGAUCAUGAUGAUGAAGAAGAUCAUGAGGCAGCGAUGAAGAUUACUAGAAACACCGAGAAAAGCUUGGACAUGGAUUACUUCAUUUGCCCAACACAAGAUUCUGUGGGGAAAACAGAGCUCCAUCGAAGAUCAAGCGUGUUCCCCACUCAGCUCCUCCAUGUUCCCUUAACUUGGGAACCCGUGUCCACCGUGGAAGACACGGACAUCAAGAAGAACCAGGACAUGACAAUAGACUUACCGGAGAGAUUCGCAAGUCCUCUGCCACAGAAAGAUGAGGAACACUCUGUCUCAGGAGGAGAGUACCGUGAUGAGAUGGGAACAGAGGUUGAUGAAGGUGGUGACUUGAGGAGCAAGAAAGAGUUUGAGUGGGAGGAAGAGGAAAACAUAUGUGGUGAAAAAAUGAAUAAGUGGAAGAUGGGUCUUCAUGGGAUUGGAGCUAUAUGUUCAUUUGGUGUUGCUGCUGCCACCUUCUGUGUCUUCUUCCUUGGGCACAACAAUAGCAUACAAGGUUGCCGAAACAAGAACAAGAACCAUAUCCUCAGGUUCCAGAUUUACUCUGAUGAUAAUAAGCGAAUGAAUGAAGUGGUGAAGCGUGCAACAAAGCUAAACGAAGCAAUAUCUGUGAUGAAAAGUCUACCAGUGGCAAGAGCUCAGAUAUCUUUUGGAGGAUACUACGAUGCACUUUGAAUAUCAUAGCCAAAUCCAUUUAGAAUAAUAAUACAUCAUGAUCCAAAAUGUCUAGUAUAGCUUUAGUUAUACUAUGGAUUUGUGAAAUUCAAUAAAUGGUGUUUAUAAAUUCUACAUUCUGUCAAAGUGCAUAUCUAGUCUAAUUUUAUAUGAACGUUGAUAUA